ACCGUCGCACAACAUAUGAACAAACCGCGUGAGAUGCUGCAAGAAGUCCUCCCCAAGGCAGGACUCGUGUACUCGGAGCGCGGCAACCUCAGCGAAGUGCUGUGCAAACCCAAACUGAUGCCGAUCAAGUCGCUGUCCCUGGUGCAGAUUGAAGAAAUCGAGAAGCAAGCGCGAAAGAAGGACGCGACCCCUUCGUCUUGCCACGACUAGUAGACUACCUACUUCUACUUAUACCAAAGUCGUCAUAACAGCGUACGGUCCUUGUUCAAG